AUGUCGCGCAAGAUUCUCCUCCUCCACGGGUACCAGCAGAACGCUGAGAUUUUCAGAACCGAGACAUCCACCGUUCAAAAAAUUAUCGGAGAAACUUUCAAAACCGAGACGAAACUUGAGUAUGUCGAGGCUCCCUUCGACGCUGGAGAGACCAUGUCUGGAAUGCGCAUUCGCUCGUGGUGGGACAUGAAAGCUAUUGACGAAUUUGAUCGUACACAUGCCACCCUCCGGUAUGUUGCUGAGAUUCUGGAGAAAAACGGACCUUUCGAUGGAUUUAUCGGGUUCUCCCAAGGAGGUGCACUUGCUGCAAUCGUGGCUGGCCUUCUUGAACGACCGCCUGCGGAUCGGCCGGCGUUCUUCAACACGACGCACCCUCCCAUUCAUUUCAUCGUAUCCUAUUCCGGUUACCGCGAGCAUCACCAAGCCUUGCAGCCUUAUUACGAAAACAAGAUCUCGACCCCAAUACUUCACUUCAUCAAUUCUGACGACCCAAUCGUCACCGAAGAUCGCUGCGUCCGCCUGAUAGAGCGCUGCACAGACACGGAUGGACGUAUCGUCUCCUAUUCUUCCCCAUUCCACCGCAUUCCGUCAUCCAAGAUGGCUAGGAAGGCUCUGAAGAGUUUUUUGUCGGAGGUUUCAUAA